AUGGGGAAGAAGAAGAAAGUCGGGAAGGAGAGAAUUGACAAGUACUACAAACUAGCCAAGUCGGCAGGGUACAGAGCCAGAUCUGCAUUCAAGCUAAUUCAAAUAGCCCAAAAGUACAACAUUUUUAAGGAUGCAAAUAUACUAAUCGAUUUGUGUGCAGCACCGGGAGGAUGGUUACAAGUGGCAUAUAAAAAUAUGAAAAGAAGCAGCACCAUCAUAGGAGUAGAUUUAGUGCCCAUCAGAAAAAUAGAUAAUAAUGUCAUCACCUUAAAAUGUGAUAUAACGACAAGUGCCUGCAUUAAGCAGAUCAAAAAUAUAAUUAAAAAUGAAAAGGCUGAUGUGAUCCUAAAUGAUGGAGCCCCCAAUGUAGGAACAACCUACUCAUAUGACAGCUUUAAUCAAAAUGUCCUUGUCCUUAAUAGUAUCAAAAUAGCCAACCUUUUUCUAAAAAAAAGAGGUAUCUUUACUACCAAAGUUUUCAGAAAUGAAGAAUACGUAUCCCUAAUAUGGGUUAUGGAAAAAUUGUUUGGCCAAGUGAAACAUGUAAAACCAAGAAGUAGUAGAGAAAUAUCCUCCGAAAUUUACCUAAUCGGUUUGAAUUUUUUAAGUACUAAGGUGGAUAAGAAACUGUUUGAUUAUACCUACGUUUUUAGUGAACAGUUUAAGCAGGAAUCCAAUAAGGUAGUCACAAAUAAUGACAGCGACAACGACAUUUUUACCGAUUCUAAAAAAAAGAAGAAAAAUAGACAGGGAUACGACCUAGGGGAUGAUUAUCGUGUCACAGAUAUAUGCAACUUUAUCCAUAGUGAUAAUUAUGUUGAUUUACUCAUCAAAACAAAUAAAUUCACCUUCGAUAAGGACUACCUCACUUCGGAAGACCCCUUGGUUAGGAGUACUUAUACUGCCAUUUAUAAAAAUACCAGCACCACGCAAGAGAUUCUGCAGCUCUGCAAGGAUCUUAAGGUGCUGGGCAAGUCAGACUUAUUUCACCUCAUCAAAUGGAGGUAUAAAGUUAGGAAGGGCAUCGUAAGCGUGGGAGGAGAGGCCCAAUCGAGUCAAACCGUAGACGUAGAAGAGGAAGACAGUCAAGUGGUAGCCCCCGUGAAGGAAGACCCACCCAUCGAGGAAACACGAACGGGCACCACGAAAGCUUCGCUGCAGGAAGAUGAACUGAGUGGUUCCUCCGACGCCGACUCGGAAAAAGAUGAAAUAAACGAAUUUUCAACCCAAAUGGAAAAAAAAAAUAAAAAGGAACAAAAAAAAAAGGAGAAAAAAUUGAAAAAAGAACUAGAGAAAAGAAAAAUGAACAAAUCGAUCAACCCCGAUUAUGACGAAAAUGAAAUACAUUUUAACAAAAAUAUGUUAAAGUUGCUGGAUGAACAGUCCUUCGAGGAUCACCUGAACAUACUGAGUGGCAGCAAAAAUAACGACAGGCUGGAGAUUAACCAAGAAAAUGAUUCGUCCAGCGAGAAGGAGGACAAUGCACAGAUUAACGAUACAAAUGAGUCCCAAAUGGACCGCAUAGAAUACCUUGUCAAUUUGGAUUAUGAACAGCAAAAAAUGAAGGAGAAGAAAAUGAACGAAGAGAAAACCAACGAGAAAUUGACCAGGCGGAAAAGAGCAAUGGAUUACAAGAACGAGGAGUUGAUGAAAAUCCAGAAAAUCAUGGAGUUGAAAAAUGAAGAGUUGAUGAUGAAGAGGAAAUUGCACGAGUAUCUCAGUGAUGACGAGGAGACAGACGAGGAUGACACGGAUGAGGAUGCCACAGAUGAGGAUGCCGCAGAUGAGAAUGCCGCAGAUGAGGAUGCCGCAGAUGAGGAUGCCGCAGAUGAGGAUGCCGCAGAUGAGGACGUGGUUGAUGAGGGCAGCGACGCUGCGAAGGGACGCCUCCACCCCGGCAAACGCGGCAAAGACGAAAUGAAGAACGAUGAAAAAAAUGCUUACGAAGAGGCUCUCCAGCAAAACCAACAUAUACACAAAAUGGUAGACAAGAUAAUUCGCUUAAGAAAAGAUGUUAAAAGGGAAGAAGAAAAAUCUAAUGUAAAUCGUUUUUUUGACCAAAAGAUAUUUUCCACGAUAUUUAAUGAAAUGGAUGGUGAGUUGGAUGAUAGUGGCGCUGUGGAGGAGGGCCCCAAAGGUGGGAAAACACGUAAAGGUGGCCUUGCGGAUGGCGAUGAAGAUGGCGAUAUGGAUGCUGACACGGUUGACGACUCGGGUGACGAUGAAAAGUUCAACGAAUUGGACGAGCGCCAAUUGCCCAAUAUCCCACUGCCAAACAAGCUAGCCAGAAAGGAGAGAAACAAAAAAUUAAGAGAAAAAUAUGGAAACAACGAAGUAAAGAUGAAGAACACCACCUUUUCAAUUGUAAAAACAGACGAAAGUGGGCAAGGCAAUGUAGGUACAUAUUUUUCCAACCUAAUUAAAGACGAAGAUGAAUUGGCAUUCAUAAAAUGCAUCGGAGAAAAAUUAAUUCAUAAAAAAAGCAGAAUGGAUCUGAUAGACGAUUCGUUCAAUAGGCAUUCUUAUUUGGAAGAUGAAGACACGCUGCCCGAAUGGUUUGUGGAGGAAGAAAAGAAAUUUAGAAGGCCCGUUAUCCCAAUCGACAAAUCCAUCCUAAAUCAAUACAAGAGCAGCAUUAACAAAAUUACGAAAAUGCCAAUUAAGAAGGUGAUCGAAGCAAAAAUGCGAAACAAAAAGAGAGAAAUUGCGAAAAUGAAAAAACUGGAGGCAAAAAUUGGAAAAAUUGAAAAGGAUGAGGAAGACCCCUUCCUUAAGCACAAGGCCAUUACGAAUAUAUUAAAGAAGAACAAAUCAGAAAAAAAACGAGAAAAAUCGUACGUUGUUUGUACCGGAAAAGGUUCCAAGGUGUCGAACAAGAAAAACAAAAAGGGAGGUAGGACAAUGGUUAAGUAUGUCGACAAGAGGCUGAAAAAGGAUAAGAAGGCGAAGAAGCGGGUAGAAAAGAAGAAAAAAAAUAUAUCAAGACGAAAAUACUCCAAAUCGAGGCCUUUCAAAUUUAAGCAGAAAAUUUGA